AUGACGUGUUCUCAUGACCCCUUCGAGGGUUCAACAAGUUGGGACGGCGAUAACUUAAACCUCGCAGCAGCAUCAAAGGGCCACAGGCCCCAUGGAACCAACCACUGUCGCAUUUUGCUGGGACCGAAGGGGAAUUGCAGAGUUUCUUCGAAAUCGCUUGCUCUGCAAACCCGGUCGGUUCUUUCCCUUGUCAAUCUUGACUUGAUGUCUGACUAUUGUGCUUGA